CGCGAAGCGAGAGCUUUUUCAAUUGCCCGCGGACUCUUGAUUAAAGCGGAGGUAUUUUUCGAGUGCCGGCACUCUUUCGGCGAAAGCGGAUGAUUGUUUGAAAAUCUGUGCGUACGCGCGUAUAUUCCUUUAACUAAUCAGCAUUGAUUGCUAGCGCGGUUAUUGCUUAAUUGCAGUGCGACUUUUGGUUCAAUUGAAAUUGACUAAUGUUCGUUUAGUGGAAUUUAUUGCACUGCAGAUGCUGCAAAUUACACUAGAACACACACAUACACAUCGGCAAAACAACUGUUACGCCUACGCAGCAGCGGCAACAACAACAAAAACAACAGCAGCAGCAACAGCAAGGGAAUUAGCAGCAACAAUUUUCCACCCAUAGAGGGAAAUAACUGUUCCAAAAAGGAUCCAUUGCGGUUAAGUGGCUCCCAAAAAUGGCUUGCACAUGCGAAGUUAUUGGACUGGCCUGCGUGGUGGCCUUAAUCCUGAGCGCCACGGCCAAGGCUCCCUAUCAGAUGCGCAUGUUCUUUAUAUUUUUUGGAGCUGGUCUGAUAGUCUUUCUGUGCGUGCCCUUUAUGAUUCUGCGACCGCGAGACUAUCGAAAUGCGCUUUUUCCAUCAUGGUGCUUCCGGCAGCUUUGCCGCCUGGUGGGCAUAACAAUGGAGGUUCGCGGUCUGGAGAAUGUCCGUAAGGACCAUGGGGCAGUGGUGAUAAUGAACCACCAAAGUGCUGUUGAUCUGUGCGUUCUGGCCUAUUUGUGGCCGGUGAUCGGAAGAGCAACAGUUGUCUCCAAGAAGGAGGUUCUCUACAUCCCAUUCUUUGGCAUUGGAGCAUGGCUCUGGGGAACCCUGUACAUCGACCGCUCCCGCAAGACCGACUCGAUCAACUCUCUGCAAAAGGAAGCGAAGGCGAUACAGGAGCGCAACUGCAAGCUACUGCUCUUCCCUGAGGGCACGCGGAACUCCAAGGACUCGUUGCUGCCUUUCAAGAAGGGCUCAUUCCACAUCGCACUGCAGGGCAAGAGCCCCGUUCAGCCGGUGGUCAUAUCGAAGUACUCAUUCAUGGAUGACGAGAAAAAGACAUUCCGUCCUGGCCACGCCCUAAUCCACAUCCUACCCGAGGUGUCCACCGAGAAGUACAAGAGGGAGGACGUGCAGCUGCUGAUCGACGAAUGCCAGUCCAUCAUGCAGACGGAGUACACAAAGCUGAGCAAAGAAGGCCAAGCCUUGAGCUCGAAGAAGCAGGCAUAGGACUGGAUAGGUUACGAUCAAACUCAGGUUACAUAAAAGUUACACCCAAACGUUUUGGGUUUAGAUGUACAAUCGAUCCACAAGAUUUGCCUAUCCAUGGAUGAGAUGAAUCAAAAGCAACAAAAUGCCGAUACUUGAGGGACGUAAAACCGUUGGCCUAGUAUUAAGUUACACAAUAUCACUCCAUCCAUGGGUGAAUUUUCGAUUAAUAUUAACUGUUUUACCUCCAGUACAUGCAUGUGUAUGCCCAGAGCUUUUUUCGACUAAGCGAGAUAAAAACAGAAAGAUAAAUUUUACAAACGAAGAAAGCGCAUUUGUUGGAUGUUUAGCUUUAUGCGAAUAUUGUAUUGAGUUAUAUGUGAAUAAUGAAAUGAGACCUAUUUAAUAAAACAUUUUGCACUGAA